GUUCUGUUCAGAAUCAGAGUGACAGAUGUGAACAGAUCUGAGGACUCCUCCUGUUAUUCAAAUCCUGACCUCAGACAUGCACCUGUUGUCCUUUAAUCUGUUUCCUGUGGAUUUGGAUCUCUGCUGUCCUUCAGAUACUGGGACUGUAAAUGGACAGAGUUUCUUGGGUGCAAAUGUGCAACUACAUGGCAUGGUAGUAAUUUUAUGAUUUCCAUGCCAUAGAAGUCCUAAAUGAGAUGUAGAUCAUUUUCUACAUCUCUGCUUUUAGGUUUUUUUAGAUUUAAAUAUAUUCAUUCAAGGAUCAGUAUUAUGUGUUUUCCAGGCACAUAGUGCCAUUUUAUAGCACAAUCAAGUAACUAUAUUACCUUCAGUUGUUAUAAAACAAUUUAAAAAAAAAAAGCUCUAUACGUCUAAUAUAGCUUAAUAGAAAUUUGACUUCCUAAUUUAACGCCUUGAAAUUGGGCUGCUGUCACUUUAAGAAGCUCCUGCUCUCUCUGAAACUCCGCCUUCAGGAAGUCAUUGCAACAUGGCUCCUCUAUUAACCCGUUAACAAUGUUUUUAUACCAGCGUUGCUCUGAGGAGUAGCUCCUUUAAUGAGCUCAGCUGGUGCUCAGUUCCAGCAGGUGUUUGCUAAUUGCUGCUGACUAGUCUGAAGGAGCCGAGUGGAGGAGGCUGCAGCUCUGAGGAGGAGCUUUGUCUUCGGAGGCCGAGCUAGGUCCAGCCAGGCAUUUUACGUAGUUGAAUGGUUACCAUGGAGAUUAAAGGAUUUCUCAAACAUUCAUGAAAGAUUCAAAGUAACACUCCAGCUGUUUUUGAGGAAGGAAUAACAUUAUGACAUGACAUAGAGCGAAAACAAGAAAAAAGGCAACUUUACAUAAACCCCCUAAAUAAAAACUGACUUUUAAGGAAAAUGUAAAGAAAAGGGUUUAAACUGGUUUAUUAAAACGUGUUCGGCUUGAUGAAGUCAAAGUGACGGAUCCCAGUUUCUCCCGGCCGGACCCGACGAAGGGGGGGGCCAGCCGGGAGGAAUCCCAGCCUACAUCAGCUGCUCUCAUGAUCGCUGGAAUAUUUUUAUUUUACAGCCCCAGCCCGAUGUUUGAGGAGGGGGAUCACUUUUCCUGCCAUCGCCUCAGUUUGAUUUAGAUGUCCGUGGAAUGGCGCAGCGCAUCGCUCUGUGCGCCCAGCGGGCUUUGUGCACGCAGCAGGGAAUAGGAAAUCGCUUCCUUUUUUUUUCAUGACGUUUUAAACAGAAAGGAGAAGAUCUAAAUCAACUUUCAGCGCUUUAUCCGUUUUGUGACGAGUGUUAUACCUGGCGGCGCUGUGUGUGUGAUGAGCCAAAAUUGUUUCUGCAGUUUUCCUGGCAGCGCGCCUGUGGCUCGGUUUGUUUGUCUGCUCCAGACUCCGGGGCGCAUCGAUCCUCCGUGAACACAGAACAAAUGACUUCUGGGAAUAAAGCGUCUUAAAAAAAAACCCCAAAACGAACUUCCUACUGCUAUCUGAUCAGAAAGAAGAGAAAAAAGACGAAGCCGGUCUAAGCUGCGCGCUACGUGGCACAACUAAACGCAGCGAUGCGGUGUCGGAUCUGCGUCCUGAUUUUGCUGCUGCUGCUGCUGGUUCUGGUGCCAGCCUGGCUGGCAGAGACGGCACGAGUUCGGAAGAAACCCACCAGAACCCGGCCUUGUCUGGACCUGCCGGAGGAGAUUUUGGAGCAGAUGUUCGGGCGGCUCUCGGUGGGAGUGAUGAGCGCCUUCCACCACGCUCUGCAGCUGGAGCCCCGGGACAACCUCAACCUCACCUGCCCGACCGCGACACCGAGCCCGGCCGACACCAAGACCCGCCUCCCGGUUAACCUGCGGAGCAUCUCCCCCUGGGCCUACAGGAUCUCGUACGACCAGAACAGAUACCCCCGCUACAUCCCGGAGGCCUACUGCCUGUGUAAGGGCUGCCUGGUCGGGCCGUACGGAGGGCAGAGCCAGCAGUACCGCAGCGCCCCGGUCUUCGCUCCCUCCGUCAUCCUGCGGCGGACGGGCUCCUGUGUUGGCGGACGCCACUCCUACGAGGAGAUCUACGUCUCCGUGGCCGUGGGGUGCACCUGCGUGCCGCUGGUGGAGAAGGAGCGAGACGGCCAGAGCAGCAACAAGAGCGUGGAGAGAGGAAAGCCCAAAACCAGACACAUGUUCUCUACUGGGAAGAAGUCAUGAAGGGCAUAUGACCUUUGACACACAGACAGACAGCUUUGGUUACACAAAAGCUGAUUUUGAACAAUUGGACUUGAAAAUUACACACCCAGGAAGACUUUAUUUAUAAAUUCAAGAAACAACUGGACGUAAGUGGUUGCAACAGAUUUUAAUUUGGACGAAUAAGAGUAAAGAGGCUUAAAACAUAUGCCAUUAAAAACAUAAAAAUACA